GGUUCAAGCUCUCAAGUAGUCUGCGUGAAGUAAUCAAAUUGGAGAAAGAUAUUGAUGGCUGGCUCAGUUAUGUUGCAGAGCCUCUGCUGCAUAAUUCCACACUCUCCAAGAUGUUACAAGAAUCAAACCCUAGCUUUCUCUCACUCUCAAUUCUUCUCUUCUAAUUCAUUUUUAAGGUUAAAGAAGCAGUCUUUGGUCUCAGCUCUUCAAAUUAAUAAGAGGCAGAGGACUCGGAGGUAUCGCUCUGUUCCUGUUGUGUUCGCUGCACAGUCCAAUUUCUUAAAAGUUGUACAAACAGUUUGGAAGGUUGGGAGAGAUGGAAUUGAGGCAGGAACCAAUCUUGUGCCGGAUUCUGUGCCAAGAUCAAUAGCAAGGGUUUCUGUGACAGUAGUUGCAUUGGCUCUUUCACUCUUUGUACUCAAGUCUUUACUGUCUACAGUUUUCUUUGUGCUGGCUACGAUGGGACUUGUAUACUUUACAUUUAUAGCUUUGAAUAAGGAUGAAGGACCAAAGGGGGGCGGAGGCACCACCUCUACACCAAAGGAGGAGGGGAUGGAGGAUAGUCUAGAAGAAGCCAGAAGAAUCAUGGAGAAGUAUAAGUAACAUCCUCACUGGUAGGGCUCAUUCACUCAUUUUCAUAUCAUUUGUGGUCACACACAGAGAAGGUGGAACAUAGGAUUCUGAUUAAUAGAAGAAAUAUGUCUGGUGUCUUGAUGCUUAGAAUCUUCAAAUGAAUGUCAAUUCACUUUUCAGUAACAAUUUUUAUGCUUUGCCGAAUUAAGCUGUUAGGAAAGGUCUAGCAAACCUGACUGUGUGAGGCAUCCAUUUCAGAAAGUGGAUCUUAAGUUACUUGUAAUCUUGUAGUGUGCAUGGAGAAUUUACCCAUUGCCUCAUUUGUGGAAGAAUAUGAUCUGCUUGCUUACUGACCCUUCUGUA